AUGAUUGCUCAGCGCUUGAGGUUAAGACGAUUGGAUCUCCGAAGACUGAGGCCAUGGUUCAAGGAAGAAUACACCAAAUGGGAUGCUACGGUAUAUGCCGAGACUCAACUGCGAUACAAAUUGAUCGACAUUGGGUUUUCGUCUAAAUCCCAUCACGACACACACGAAUCUGAUAUUCGGCACGAGAUUAAGAGCCUCUUGUGGCCAUAUGACCAUUGUCAAGAUGUCGCCAAAUUCAGAAUUGUACACAAAACGUCACAUAGGUUCCUCUACCACGCCUAUGCAUAUCUGUGGUUGGCAACGCUGCCCGUCAGGAAGAAGCCUACGCCAUCCACUCGUCCGACCUCAAGGCCACUGCAUCCCGAAAGACUGAGCAUACCCAAAGCUGCUGGAGGCCAGGAGCUCAUUGACCUUGCUACUGGUCAAAGGAAAAUAACAUCAGUAGCGACGGGCACGUACCUACACAACUCCUAUACCCCAAGCCACGACAAAGAGCUGUGCAUGGAAAACGCCAAACUGUCGUUUUUACGAUGGAAAGUUUACGGAAACGUGUCACAUGAGGUCGCUAAAGGUUUCGAGCGUGACUGGCGUGAUAUAAGGAGAAUGAUGGAUCAAUCUCCCUAUGACCAUGGGUGGUUAACUUACAAUUACAGAGACUUGCCCCCUUUCGUCAAUCACGAGAUACGUUACCCUAUCGUAGCAUCGCAGGGUCAAAGAAUCGUCUCGAACAUAAUUGACCUUGACGACGCCGAUCUUCCAUUGUGGGCAGUCGCGAGACCAGUGAUCGCUCAGGCGCCAGUCCCGUCGCGAGGCAAGUCUGCUGAGAUCACCCCUCCGCUUCGCCACUACCAUGUAGGCGAGAUUGGUGAUCACCAACGCGUCGGCAGCGGAGUCAAGUGGUUUGUCCACAAAACCGACGGUGAUGACAGGCAUUUGAUCUACGACUUCAGUGGGAUAUUGUCGUCGGAACAUGGGUGGGAUGAUGCGACUCGAGAGCAGCUGACAAUGAGGCCAGGUCCCUCCAGUACCAUCCUAAACAGAGUGCUUCGCACGGGAAACAUGAACGAGCAGACCCGCGAAUUGUGUUUGCAAAAUGGGCCUAUUGGACAAGUGAUGCGGUUUAUGCGCACGGAGAAUAUCAGACUGGCUGACAACAGAGACCCCUUAUCAUGUGUAGCCUUUGGUAACCACGUGUUUGAUCUGACAAGGGAUCUGAAAGACUUCCAAUUGCCACAACAUAUGCAUCCUUUACUGGUGAUUAUCAAGUCAAAACGACAGGGGAAUCCUCUCUUCAACGCAGUUCGUGCAGGAUUUAAUCCGGAUGUUAUUGUCGACUUCCUUCGGCCUUAUCAGAUUGGAAUCAGGACGCAAGAACUUGAGAGGCACAGCAUGUUUCGAUACCGCCAUUUCACGUUGAACGAAGUCAAGUGGCACGUUUACCCAGAGACAGGCAUCUAUACCGUCUUCCAAGGGGAUACGGUAAUCGAUCUUACAGACUUCAUGAAACUUCAUCCUGGUGGUAUGGAGAUUCUGCAAAGCGUCGCCGGAAAAGACUGUACACGGGAAUUUGAGCAGUACCAUCAAGUUCCGACGGGUUUCCUUGGUGUUACUACCCAUGUCUAUUUCGAAAGGCUGCAGGUUGGUCAGAUUGUCCCUGAGCAAAGCCCAGGCGUCAUAUCUCCGGAUCAAAUUGUAAUCCGAAAUCAAGUCUUCAGCCGAAAGGGUACCGACUUAGACGGGUUACGGAGUCUCCUGGCAUCCGAAGAACUUGAAGAAUACUGGGGAAAGGAUGUGACGGCCCAGAUGGACACAGCAAGCCCGCCACGAAUACUUUGCACAUUAUUUGAUACAAAGCGGCUUGUUGUCGCCAAGGUUGUCGCGCCAAUAGACGCACUGCCUUUCAUGGACGAUCAAAUGUUGGCGCGCAUGGACGGCAAAGUUGAGCCUUGGGGCUUCCAUGAAUCUUAUGUUUCUGAUGGCAAGUACAUAUACAACUUGACUUCGUACCUCAGAUACGGAAAACCUGGCGGGUACAAUGAGCUUUUGAAAGCUCGUGCCGGAACAACGCUCUCACACUCAUUACAAGACCAAGAACUGAAGCGAUGGCUGUGGUCAGACUUCCAAUAUCGAAUUAUAGCACAGCAUGGUCCGAAUCAAAAUAAUGCUGAUUUCGAUUGGAAAAGGUCUUUCAGGCCGAUUCCCGAAGAGAUGCCUGAUUUCACAGGUGGUGGAACUUCGAAAGUCACACCUGCUAUGUCGUUUGCUCAAGCUGCUGAAAAGGGCAAUGCGAGUAGUGCUUCAGACCAGAUUAUCCAACCAAUCCAGAGCUUGGCCGGCACGAAACGCAAGCGGAAUGGGAAGCUUAUGUUACAGAAAAAGAGCAUCAAGGCUGUUGAUACAAGCCGAUUUGCACUGCCAGAACAAGUAGCUGCAGGCGUGAAACGGAAGAGCUCGCCGACUCCGGUCCGGCCGUACAAGAAGGUAGUCAAAGAAUCUCGUGGCUCUGCUGGUGGUCCUUCGUCUAGGAUUGAAGGCUCAAGCGAAACAGGUUCAAGAGGAACAGAGAAGCCGAGGCAAGAAUGGGAGUGGAAGGACUUGUACAUGUAUCGAUGA